UGUUUCAUGUGGCCCCCAGUGCAGCCGUUUCCACUUUACCUUUUCGAUGAAUGUCAGGCCUGCAACGCCUACUUCUUACCCAUUGCAGCAAUGGAGGAUAUAGGUCUCCUUCCCAAACCCACCAAUGACCCCCCUGCUCACAGACCCCCAGUCACUGAGGCUUUCGGGCUGCACCACAUCCCACCAGACCAUCUGCACAUCACAGAUGCAAGCAGGAAAUGUGAUGGACCAUCCAAGAAAAGGUGCCACUCAGUAAUGACAGCAGAGUCGCAGAUGAUUUCCCAGUUUCCUUCACAGACCGCAGGUCCUCCGAGUGCCGACACCACUGCUAAAAAUGGAAGCACUAAUCUGGAGGCAGGGGCUGGCAGGAAAAAACCCAAAGCCAAACUCGCAGAUCCAUCAAAGUGGAAGCAAAACAAGCAGAAACAGCUGAGGAUGGAGGGGAAAGCGUACGUGAGCAAACGCAAAAAAGAUGGAGAGAUUGUGACAAAACAGCCAAGAACAGUGGGACCAAGGUGCUCCUCGAAUGCCUGCAAAAAGGCAUCGAACCGGCUUUGCAAUGACAUCAACGACGAGGCCAGGAAGAAAGUGUUUGAUGACUUCUGGCAGCACAUGAACUGGGCUCAGAGAAAACAGUACGUAGCAGGACAAGUUGACUGCGACCCCGUGGAGAGAUCUCGGGCAAUGGGAUCGCAGUCGAGAAGAUCAGUUUCACUGCGUUAUCACCUGAUGGUGGAUGGCAGGAGGAAACAAGUGUGCAAAAACAUGUUCCUGUCCACUCUGGGGAUAGGAGAGUGGUCUGUGCUGAACUGGGCUCAGAAAGGAGCAACAAAAAUGCAUGAAUCAAAUGAAAACAAAUUAGAAAAGAGACAGAUUGUCCCUCAGUGCCCUCAGCAGAACUCCACCUCUUCUGCAGGCAGUAAUACUGUGGAAGUUGCACAGGAGCAAGCGAACGCCGCUGACAAAGACAAAAACAGGCCACCAGAACCAGAGGGGCCAGCCAGAAAGAAAUCCAGAGUUGCCAAGCCGCUAACAUGGAAGCAAAAUCGACAAAAGCAACUUAGGAUGGAGGGCAAACCGUACAUCAGCAAACGCAAGAAAGACGGGGCGACUGUAACUAAAGCUCAGAGGGCGAUCGGACCGAGAUGCACGUCCAGCGCUUGCAAAAGGGCAUCCAAUCGCUUCUGUGCUGACUUCAGCGAAGAAAUGAGGAACGAACUGUUUACUAGUUUCUGGCAGUGUAUGAACUGGCCUCAGAGAAAGAUCUACGUGGCCAGAUUAGUCGACUGCGACCCAGUGGAACGAACCCGAGCACCAUGGACUCAGUCGAGAAGAUCAGUCUCGAUGCGGUAUCAUUUGAUAGCGGACAGUGACAGAAAACAGGUUUGCAAAAAGAUGUUCCUCUCCACUUUGGGGAUCGGAGAGUGGUCAGUGCUGAACUGGGCACAAAAUGCAUCCAAGCAGGACAAUUCAGAGGAAAACGGCAAGAAGCAAACACAGAGGAAGUCCCGCAAGGCUUCAGAGCAUAUAGUCCUGAAGGAGUUCCUCGAGAGUUUACCCAAAGUGCCCUCGUACUGUUGCGGGACGUCCAUCUCCAAGCUGUAUCUGGAGCCAGUCUUCUCAAACAUGUCCGAGGUGUACAGGCACUACUACAACCACUGCUUAGAGAAGAUGACGACACCGCUCUCUCGACAGGUUUUUUGCGCUGUCUUUAAAAAGAUGGAUCUGGGAUUGUGUGACCCCAAGAAGGAUCAAGGGUGUUCGUUCGGCGCCACUGGAAAUUUGUUUAAUGAGCUUUGGGAGGAAUACUGCAUGGAAAGAGGAGCGCCAGGGCCACAGCCGGAGAAAGCGGGUAACCAGUAGAGUAUCAAGGACAGAAAGGACAA